AGUUGGGAUUCAUAUUAUUCUUGUUUUAAUAAUUUAUUUAGGAGCCAGAAAUUUGCCUAUUGUGUAAAUUACAGAAAUGCAGUAGAAAUUUCACCAGAGUUUGCUUACUGAAAGCGCAAGGGCGAUUUCUGUAGGUGUGUUGUCUGUGUAGUGAAUGGAUUUCUAGCUUGUUAGACAGCUAGAUCCUUCUCUGUAAACCUCAGCAGCUAAUACCACUGUAAAAUGUGUCAAUAUUGCACAUUAGUGUGAUUGUUUUCGCAGAAUCGCCCAGUGAUAACUAGCUACAUUAAAAUCGACAGAAACCUCUACUUUGCUUGCAAAGGCAGCAGUCAGAGAGUAACUAGCUAAUAACGUUAGCUAAUGUACUGUUGGCUAGCCAGCAAGCUAAAUAGCUGGCAUCGUGGCCAAAUUCCUGGGUGCUGUCCGCUAUGUUACUGAUUUUUUUGUAAACGGGAAAAUAAGCCAGUAACGGUCGUGGGAGUCUCCAAAGUAAAGUUUUAAGGACUGCUAUCGACAACUUAUCAGUUAGCUAUUUCUCUACUGAACAUUUUAGCGGGAAAAUGACCUCAGCUUCAACCAAGGUAGGCGAGAUCUUCUCAGCUGCAGGUGCUGCCUUCACCAAGCUUGGCGAACUCACCAUGCAGCUCCACCCAGUGGCUGAUUCAAGCCCUGCUGGAGCCAAAUGGACAGAUACAGAGAUUGAAAUGCUGAGGUCAGCUGUGCGGCGCUUUGGAGACGACUUGAACACCAUCAGCUCUGUCAUCAAAGAGCGCACCGUCAGGGCUCAGAUCAAAACCACAGUGAAGCGCAAGCUGUACGAGGACAGCAGAAUGCCCCUCUCCUCAGACUCCUCCAAAAAGGCCACCAAGAAAACAGUGGUGGCUGUGGCCCCCGCCCCAGCACCCCCUGCAGUCAUCACCGUGCCCACCUCACAGGUCGUCGUGACGACAGGGCUGCAGAACCCGUCUCCUGCACCACCUGCCAUCAAGAAGCAAAAGACGGCUGCAGACGUGACCCUUAGUGCUCUGAACGACUCCGAUGCGAACAGCGACCUGGUCGACAUCGAGGGACUGGGAGAGGGCUCUGCCUCCAAGAAGCUCAACUUCGAUCAAGAGAGCCUCAACCUGGAUUCCAGUCUCAUCAUGAACUCCAGUGACCUGCCACUCCUGUCCCGCUGAUCUCUGCCCCCUUCUGCUCAUCGCAUGUGGACAAAUGGUGCCCCUACUGGCCAGAGAAUGAACUGUUCUGUGCUGUAGUAGUUUGCCACUCGUUUCCUUAGAUGCACUGUACAUACAGAAAGGGCAUUUAAUCUGGGAGGAAAGUGUUUUCAUAUUUGUGUGAACAGCAAGGGUCCUCUCACAACAUGCUCAUGCACCUUGAGGGACUUUAAAGAAUUUUUUGCUCAAAAGCUUCACAAGUUUGUAUAGUUACAUAUGUGACCUGUAGUGAGAGAAUCAACAUUGCAGUUUUCAGCAGCUGAAUAUUCUGCAUGUUUCUGUUUAAGAUAAAUAUCAUAGACAGCCGUGCAGUGAAGGGGGGCGAGUGAUUUAGUAGGAUUUCAGCAGGACUUCUGUGUACCAUGUUAAAGUUAUGCUGCGAAUUUUGGUUGCGAAUCAAACAGGCAGCCUCUUUUACCUUUUACCUCUAGAGAGCGAAAAACCCAGGAGCUGCAGCCCAUUUGAACAGUUUCUGUUCAGUCAUUGUGUUGAAUACAUUUUACUCAAUACUGUAGUUCAGCAGAGGGUGUAUACUGCCUUACUACCACCAUGGGCGUGAGGCCAUCUGUCCAUAUUCACACUCCCUCACCAUUCAAAAAGCUAACUUUCAUCAGCUAACAUUUGAGUGACUGUCCUCUGAUUAUCCCGUAAAGUGAAGUCAUUCAACUCUUGUCUUGUUUAAGCUAAUCUUUGGCAGCAAACUUUGUUUUCACGGUGUUGUAACUGUAAUAAUACCAAUAUAAUGUUGUUGCAGCAUCACAGCAAUGUGGUGGGAAUGUAAUGUUAGUUGGGUGGGCAUUUUUCCCCUCCUUUGGGUUCAUUAUUUUCCUGUCACUCUUGUUCAAUCUCCAAAUCAUCAUCAAAAAUUGAAUACUUUUUAUUAUUUAAAAAAGGAAUUUUCUGGACUGUACUAAGAUACAGAUUAUCUAUGGGGGUCAUUUUUAUUUAUCCAAAUUAGAUUAUGAUGUAAUACCAAAUACUAUAACUGAAGUGAAUUGUCCCAUUUCAAGAGAAUGAUUUUCCACUCCUUAACAUUUUGAAGAUA